AUGGCGUCCCUUCUCGCGGCGGCGUCCGCGAUGCGGGCCGACCCGCGAUGCGUCUCUCUCGCGUCGUCGCGUCGCCCGACCGCGGGGCUUCGCGCGACGACGACGCCGACGACGCGCCCCCACAGGGCGGGUGGGAAUUCCUCCUCCCGAUCCGCCCGGGCGUUAACAACGAUCUCCUUCGCGGCGGACGCCCGCCCGGCGCAGUGGCCCGGGCUCCCGAAGGAGCCGAAGAAGAAAUCCGGCGCCGGCGGCAGAGGCGGCGGCCGAGGCGGCGGCCGAGGCGGCGGCAGAGGCGGCGGCAGAGGCGGCGGCAGAGGCGGCCGAAGAAAGACCGCGUCGUCCGAGCGACGCGAGAAGCGCGACGACGCGGCGCGGGAUCCCUCCGACGGCACGACCGCGUGGCGUCUGUUCGACGUGAAACUCUCCGUGGAAGACGACCCGGGGAAGGACUCCAACGACGUCACGGACGCGCUGCGACGCGCGGUCGCCGUCGAGCUCGGCCUCCCCGCGGACGCGCGGCGAGAGGACGGAUCGCCGUUGCUGAGAGACGGCGAGACCUACGGCGUGCGCGUCGUGCGCAAGUCGUGCGACGCGAGGAAAAUCCCGCCCGUGUUCAACUACGUCGUGGACGUGGACGACUCCGCGAUCAACUCCGCGACGGUCGCGAUGGGCUCGAUCAAGCCGCUGAAGGUCAAGACGCGCGCGAAGGUGUGCGAGCGCGCGCCCGCGGAGGAGACUCCUUCGUCGCCGUUUGGUCUCAGAACUUCCGCCGCGGAGGGCGUCUUGUACGCCGUCGCCGCGCCGCCGAAAUCGCUCGGCGCCGUCGGCGCGCCCCCCGUCGUCGUCGUCGGCCUCGGGCCCGCGGGUCUGUUCGCCGCGCUCGCGCUCGCGGAGACGGGCGCGAACGUCGUCGUGUUGGAGAGAGGGCAGCCGGUGGAGAGACGCGGACGAGACAUCGGCGCGUUGUUCGCGCGGCGGAGGUUAAACGAGGACAGCAACCUGUGCUACGGCGAAGGCGGCGCGGGGACGUGGAGCGACGGGAAGCUCACGACGCGGAUCGGGAGGAACAGCGAGGACGUGCGCGCGGUGUUGCGCGCGCUCGUGGAGUUUGGCGCGCCGGAGGGGAUACUCGUGACGGGAAAGCCGCACCUCGGGACGGAUCGGCUCGUGAAAAUUUUACGAAACGCGAGGGCGUAUCUCGCGUCCAGGGGCGUCGAGAUUCGCUUCGGGGUGACCGUGGACGAGAUCGCGUUCGAGGACGUCGACGCGGCGAUCGCCGCGGGGUCGCUCGCGCGGACGAGGCGCGCGGUCGGCGUCCGUGCGAGGGUGAACGACGGAGGAGGAGGAGGAGAGGGAGAGGAGGACGCGAACGCCGUCUACGUCGCCGCGUCCGCCGUCGUCCUCGCGUCCGGGCACUCCGCGCGCGGUCUGUUCGAGUCCAUGCACCGCGACGGCGUGUCGCUCGCGUACCAGCCGUUCGCGGCCGGGUUUCGCAUCGAGCACCCGCAGGCGCUCAUGGACGAGUUGCAGUACGGCGCGGAGUUGGCGGCGCUCGCGAGCCGAGGGAAGGGGCCGCUGCCGGUGGCGGAUUACCGCCUCGCGCAUCAGUGCGUCGGUCCCGGCGCGGGCGCGCGCGACGGCGGGCGAGGGUCGCCCGCGCGCGCGUGUUACUCUUUCUGCAUGUGCCCCGGCGGGCAGAUCGUCCCGACGUCCACCGAUCCGAACGAGCUCUGCGUGAACGGGAUGAGUUUUAGCGCGCGCGGCGGCAAGUGGGCGAACAGCGGUCUGGUCAGCACGAUAACGGAAGAAGACGCGUUGCCGUUUUGUGAAUCCCCCGGACGGGAGGCGUUAUCUGGGCUGGAUUUCCAGAGGCACAUCGAGAGGAAAGCCGCGGAGAUGGGCGGCGGCGACCUCGUCGUCCCAGUGCAGACUGCGGCGGAUUUCAUCGCGGGGAGAGACUCCGCCGUCGAGUCUCUGCCUCCGUCGUCGUACCGACUGGGCGUGAAACCCGCGCGUUUGGACCUUCUCUACCCGCCCGCGGUGACCGAGACCGUGCGCGAGGCCCUCCUCGCGUUCGACGAGAAGAUGCCCGGAUACGCUGGCGCGCGAGCGUUGCUUCACGCGCCGGAGGCGCGGACGAGUUCUCCCGUCCGAAUCGUGCGGAGUAAGGUGGACAUGCAGAGCGAGAGCGCGAGGGGGUUGUUCCCCGUGGGCGAGGGCGCGGGGUACGCGGGCGGAAUCGUCAGCGCGGCGGUCGACGGGCUCCACGCCGGCGUCGCGGUCGCGGCGUUCGUCGAGGCGUCGACCGGGAGGUAG